GGAGGUCUGAGGCUUUACUGCUCCGAGAGGGACCAGUUACUUCACGCGUAGCUGUUGUCGCUCUGUCGACUGCACUGUGACCUGCACAGUUCGCGGGACCUUUAGAGAGGACACCGGGAUACCUGCAAGCCAGGAAAUGGAUUCAGUGGCCUUCGAGGAUGUGGCUGUGAACUUCACCCAGGAGGAAUGGGCUUUGCUGGAUCGUUCCCAGAAGAAACUCUACAGGGAAGUGAUGCAGGAAACCUUGAGGAACCUGACCUCCAUAGGAAAAACAUGGAGCAACCAGAAUGCUGAAGAAAGGCAUCAGAAUCCCAGGAGAAAUCUAAGAAGACUUAUAGGAGAGAGACUCUUUCAAAGUAAAGAAAGUCAUCAGCAUGCAGAAGUUUUGACCCAGGUUCCAGAUGACAUGUGGAGGAAGAAAACUCCUCCUGGAGUAAAAUCAUAUGAAAACGGUGUGUGUGGAGAAAUCAGCAUGGGUCUUUCUUCCUUUAAUAGGCACCUCAGAGCCUUCAAUUAUUCCAGUAGCCUUGCGAUAUAUGGAAGAACUCACACUGGGCAAAAGCCUUAUGAAUGUAAGGAAUGUGGAAAAGCAUUCAGGUUUCCCAGUUCUGUUCGUAGACAUGAAAAAAUCCACUCUGCAAAAAAACCCUUUGAAUGUAAGCAAUGUGGGAAAGCAUUAUCUUAUCUAGUAAGCUUUCAAACACACAUGAGAAUGCACACUGGAGAGAGGCCUCAUAAAUGUAACAUAUGUGGGAAAGCCUUUUUUUCUCCGAGUUCAUUAAAAAGACACGAGAAAACUCACACUGAAGAGAAACGCUAUAAAUGCAAGCAAUGUGGUAAAGCCUUCAAUUGUCCCAGUUCCUUUCAAUAUCAUGAAAGGACUCACAGUGGAGAGAAACCCUAUGAGUGUAAGCAAUGUGGGAAAGCGUUCAGAUCUGUCAAGUACCUGCGAGUGCAUGAAAGAAAACACACUGGAGAGAAACCUUAUGAGUGUAAGCUAUGUGGUAAGGCCUUUAUUUCUUCCACUUCCUUUCGCUAUCAUGAAAAGACUCACACUGGAGAGAGACCGUACAAAUGUAAGAAAUGUGAGAAAGCCUUCAGUUAUGUCAAGGAUCUUCGAGUACAUGAAAGGACACACACUGGAGAGAAACCCUAUGAAUGUAAACAAUGUAAGAAAACCUUUACUUCUUCUAAUUCUUUUCACUAUCAUCAAAGGACUCACACUGGAGAGAAACCCUAUGAGUGUAAGCACUGUGGGAAAGCUUUCAGAUCUGCCUCAAUCCUUCAAAAGCACAUAAGAACUCACACAGGAGAGAAACCAUAUGGAUGUAAGCAAUGUGGUAAAGUCUUCACAGUUGCCUCACAACUUAAAAUGCAUGAAAGGACUCACACAGGAGAGAAACCCUAUGAGUGUAAGCAAUGUGGAAAAGCCUUCAUUUCUUCCAAUUCCAUUCGCUAUCAUAAAAGGACUCACACUGGAGAGAAACCCUACAAAUGUAAACAAUGUGGAAAAGCUUUCAUUUCUUCCAACUCUUUUCUCUAUCAUGAAAGGAUUCACACUGGAGAGAAACCCUAUGAGUGUAAGCAAUGCGGUAAAGCCUUUAGAUCUGCCUCAAUCCUUCAAAAGCAUGUAAGGACUCACACUGGCUAGAAACUAUGGAUAUAAGCAAUAUGGUAAAACUCUUUGAAAGUAAACAGUCUUUAUAUGGACUCAAAACUUCAAAUACAUGGAAGGACUUACUUUAGAGACAACCUGUAAGUAAUCUCAGCAUUUUGGAAAGCCAAGACAGGAGGAUUGCUUAAGCUGAACAGGUCGAGACAGCUUGGGUAACAUGGUGAGACUGUAUCUCCAUUACAUAAUAAAAUAGGGCCGGGCGCGGGCGCGGUGGCUCAAGCCUGUAAUCCCAGCACUUUGGGAGGCCGAGGCAGGUGGAUCAUGAGGUCAAGAGAUCAAGACCAUCUCGGUCAACAUGGUGAAACCCUGUCUCUACUAAAAAUACAAAAAAUUAGCUGGGCAUGGUGGCGCAUGCCUGUAAUCCCAGCUACUCAGGAGGCUGAGGCAGGAGAAUUGCCUGAACCCAGGAGGCAGAGGUUGCAGUGAGCCAAGAUGGCGCCAUUGCACUCCAGCCUGGGUAACAAGAGCGAAAUUCCGCCUCAAAAAUAAAUAAAUAAAUAAAUAAAAUGAAAUAUAUAUUCCGCCUCAAAAAUAAAUAAAUAAAUAAAUAAAAUGAAAAAUAUAUAUAUUUUGAAACAUAACAUUUAAAAUGCAAAAGUAAAAUAUAUGGGAUAUUUAUAUACAUACAUGUAUGUGUGUGUGUGUAUGUGUGUGUGUGUGUGUGUGUGUGUGUGUGUGUGUCUGUUUGGGAGACAGGGUGUCCCUCUGUUACCCAGGUUGAAGUUCAGUGGUGCAAUCAGUUUGCUAUAGCCUUGAACUCUAGGGCUCAAAUUACCCUCCUACCUUAGCCUUCUGAGUACCUAGGACUACAAACAGGUACCACCAUUCUCAGCUUAUUUUUUAUUCGUUUCAUAGAGACAUGGUCUCAUUCCAUUGCUCAGCCAACACCUAGCCUUGAACAGUCCUUCCACCUUAUUUUCCAAAAUACUGAUUACAGCUGUGAGAUACUCUACCUGGCUGAUAAAAAAUAUUCUGAAAAAUUAACUUUAUGCUAUCUGUGAAGGUAUAUAUCCUUAUGAUAAACAGUUUUGAUUUAAAAAAAGGAAACUACUUCUUUCCUACAUGAAAGUGAGAAAGAUGUGGGAGAAGGCCUAUUUCCAGCCAACCAGAGCCCCAGGACUAUGAUCAAGUUGCCUUGUCCUGGAAAGCCAGGCAUUUACACUGGGGUUUGAAGUGAUGUGGAAAAAGGCUUUUAUUGCAGGAACCCCAAAAAUGAGGGCCACACAGGUAUCAAGUCUUAAAUCCUGACCUCCCCCACUAGAUUUCAGGCAGGGAUUUUUAGAAGCCGGGGUAAAUUUUAGGAAUGCAGAUGCUACAGGCAAAAUUAAAAAUCAAGACAUGGAGUUUACUCAUUGGUUUAGGCUUGGAAGGAUAUUUUAAAGCUGGGGCUUAAAGAUUUUAUGAUUUGCAAUUGGUUAGGGAAGAAAAGCUUUGCUUAAAAUUUGGGGGUCAAGCCAGGCGCGGUGGCUCAAACCUGUAAUCCCAGCACUUUGGGAGGCCAAGGCGGGUGGAUCACGAGGUCAAGAGAUCAAGACCAUCCUGGUCAACAUGGUGAAACCCCAUCUCUACUAAAAAUACAAAAAAUUAGCUGGGCAUGGUGGCGCGUGCCUGUAAUUCCAGCUCCUCAGGAGGCUGAGGCAGGAGAAUUGCCUGAACCCAGGAGGCAGAGGUUGCGGUGAGCCGAGAUUGCGCCAUUGCACUCCAGCCUGGGUAACAAGAGCAAAAACUGUCUCAAAAAAAUAAAAUAAAAUAAAAUUUGGGGGUCAGUAGAAAAAUGUUCCUGGAUAGAGGAAGUGAUUUUUUACCAGCCCUUCAGAAGAAACACAGAACAAAGGAGGAAAAUUAGAGUGCAGUCUUCACUUACGCUUUUUUUUUUUUUUUUUUUUU